CGGACAGUCAGGCCUGUAAUCUCUAUCUAUAGGCUAACAAUCCUGACAAUCGCAUGUGUUUAUCUGGAACUAAACUCAUGUCGUGACCGUCAGCUAAAUCUCAAGGUUUCUCAGGGCUGUCUACGGGUUGGGCCCUGGGCUGUUAUGUUACUCGGCAGAGUGGUGGGGGGACCAAUUGGUACUGAGUUAGUCUUCGGGUCAGUGUCUAUUGGGUUGUUGUGUUGGUUGUCAUCUGGUGCUGGGGGGUGCGUACCUGAUGGCUGCCAACCUGAUGAGUGUAGCGGGAAUACGGGAAGUGGAGAGUUGGGGAUAUUGUGCGUGUUACAAUGGGUUACUAUGUCUGCUCUAAUUAUAGGUUCAGGGCUGGUUUUUGGAGUCGGUUACUUUUUUUGUUUUUCUUACUCUUGGGUAUACGCUGUGGCUGGGUUGUUGCACGGAAUUGGGAGGCAUUUGACAUGAUAGGGAAUGGUUGCUGGUGUAGAUCUUUGGCACUUCAUAGACGGUUUCUGUUCGUUAAUGCCUUCCGUAAGCUAUAUAGGUGGUGGCCUCAAGAGGAAAAGCUCAAUUGCGGGGCCCUAUUUUCUGAAUCUUAGUAUAGUAUAUACUAUCGAUAUUGAGAGCCAUAUGAACAACCUCGAGCCUAGGGGCUUACUCAAGCUGCCACUCAUUACAAUUGUAGCUCUGCUGCCUCAUGUGAUUGGGAACUUUUUCUGAUGGAGUCAAGACUCAAGACAGCAAUCUUGCCUUUGCGUCUAAUGCAGA